AUGAAUUCGAGCCUACCGAUUCUCGAGCAAGGGUAUGUCACUCCCGACGCCUCGUCAACUAGGAGCUCUGGCCAGCAACCAAUGGAUCAGACACCUCAAACACCCUCAAAACUACCUGACAAAGAUAUAGAGCGAAACUCGAUCUACUCGAAUGACGUUCCUUGGGCUCAUCCUGAACGCCUGGCCGAUGUGCGCCGAGGGCUGAAGCAGAGGCAUAUUCAUAUGUUUGCGCUAGCGGGCACAAUCGGCAAGUUUUUGUGGAAGCAUGCGAGGCCUUGCACGGGAUUAUUCCUAUCCUCAGGCAAAGCUUUGGCAGAGGCAGGUCCACUUGGAGCCUUCCUGGGAUAUACUGUGAUGGGGCUGAUUACCGCAGCGGUUGCUUACACGGCCUCUGAAAUGUCUGCGUUCUCUCCUGUAUCAGGAGGAUUUGUCCGUCAUACAACCAAGUUUGUCGACCCAGUGCUCGGAGCCGUGACGGGGUGGAAUUUCUGGUAUUCUAUGGCGAUUACUGCCGUGGUAGAGCUCUGUCCCAAUGGUCUGAUUAAUUUGGGACCAGUGCGGGUCUAUGGAGAGGUCGAAUUUGGGUUCGCCUUGCUCAAAAUUACGCUCAUUGUGGUUCUUCUUCUUGUUGGCCUUGUCAUAACCGCUGGGGGAGGCCCAACACAUGAGAGCAUAGGAUUCAGAUACUGGAGAGAUCCUGGCCCAUUCAGGCAGGAGGUAGCUGGGGGAAGUUUUCUCGCGGUUUGGUCCACCUUGAUCAAUGCCGCAUUUGCCUACGGCAAUAUUCAGGUUGUAGCCAUGCAGGGUGUGAGACCAAGAAUCCACGCGUGGCAAUCCCAAAGGCCGUCAACAAGACCUUCUCUCGGUUGUACUGUUUACAUUUCGUCGGUAUUCAUGAUCGGCCUCCUGCUCCCCUCAACGGAACCUUUGCUUUUGGGUGGAGACGGUACAGCCGCUCAAAGUCCAUUUGUUAUUGCCAUGCACCGAGCAAGGAUACGAGUUUUGCCUGAUAUUGUAAAUGCGGUGGUACUGAGUUCCGCUUUCAGCUCGGGUGUAUCUUGUAUCUUCAUCGCAUCGCGCUCUUUGAUAGGAUUGGCCGAGGAUGGAAAUGCUCCGGUUAUUUUCUCGCGAACGAAUCGUCUGGGUAACCCAUGGGUUGCCGUUAUGUGCUCAUCUGCUUUUGGCGCUCUUGGCUACUUGAGUGUAACCGAGAAGUCCAUGAAGGUCUUAUUAUGGCUCAUCAACCUAUCUGCGGUUGCCGGGCUCGCUCAGGGAUACACGCGCGACGACUUACCCUAUAGGGCACCAUUCCAACCAUUUACUGCAUGGUUUGCGCUGGUGAUGGUCAUAUUAAUUACGUUUUUCAGUGGAUUCAGGGUGUUCUUGACUGGCCAGUUUUCCGUAGCUGAUUUCUUGAGCAAUUAUGUCAAUAUAUUCGUAUUUUUGGGCUUGUACAUAACAUGGAAGCUUUACACUCGAGAUCGCCAGAUUUACCGCCCAGCGACUAAAGUCGACUUAUCGGAAUUCGAAGCAAUUCGCCAGGAGAGGGAACAAAACCUUACCACCCUACCGACUCGUACUACUACAAGAUCUUCCAGAAGACAGCGCCUUUUUAUAUGCCUCUGCUGA